AAAAACAAAGCCGCAGCUCCCAGAGCAAAGUCAUCGCCGACAGCUCCAAUUGCCCUUGUCGUCGCGCAUUCGCAGAUCCUCUCUGCCGCACCUUUCCUCGUGUGUCCCUACGAUGCGAUCCUGACCUGUCGUCCUUGAAACCAAAACCCCGAUCAAGCGCACCGGAACCUUUCCACUGUGGGUGGUCUGUUUUUUUUUCACCGCCCGAAACACACGCUCGUUGCUGGAGCUAGCCUGUGUGUUUUUAAUUUUUUGUGUUUUGGUUGUCUCCCACACCGGAUUUAAUACCAUACAAGAUCGGUCCGAUUAUUUUUAAUUAUGUCUCUCUUUGGGAACCAACCUCAGUCAGGUGGACUGUUUGGGUCGUCUACCGCCAAUAAACCCAGCCCCUUUGGAGGAGCAGGAGGCACUGCUGGAGGCACUGGAGGCGGCGGUCUUUUUGGCUCGAGUACUACUGGAAACCAGCAGAGCGGAGGAGGUACUGGAGGAGCCCUUUUUGGUUCAGGUACGACAGGCACCCAACAGGCUGGCGGUACUGGGGGGGGUCUGUUUGGAUCUAGUACUACUGGAAACCAACAAAGUGGAGGAGGCCUCUUUGGAUCAACACAGAACCAGCAGAGCUCAACCGGGGGCGGGUUGUUUGGUUCCAAUGCGACAUCGCAGCCCCAGCAAAGUGGCGGCCUCUUCGGCUCUACAACCCAGAAUCAACCGCAGUCUGGUGGUCUGUUCGGAUCAUCUACUCAGCAGAAGCCCCAGGGCGGUGGUCUUUUUGGAGGAGCGGGACAACAGUCACAACAACCUCAGCAAACUGGGGGUUUGUUUGGAGCGUCACUAGGACAACAACAGAAACCGCAGGGAAGUCUUUUCGGGGGCACAGGACAGCAACAACAACCCCAACAGCAGGGUGGAGGCCUUGGUCUGUUUGGAGGACUUGGCGCCAGCACCCAGCCUCAGCAACAACAACAACAGCAGCAGCCACAGCCACAGCCACAGCAGUCUGUACUGGGGCAGAGCACAACACAGCAGGGAUCCGGCCUCUGGUCACCGGGUCGUGCUGUCACCGGAGUGCACCGAACCGUGCCCAUGCAGAUGGCAAUUGUCCAGGAAAAGUGGCGGUCCGAAAACCGUGUAUCGCCGUUUAGAACGUAUUUGUAUAACAAUGUCGGUGAAGAUGCAGCGCCAUUUUACCAACCGAGUGCGGAGGAUGAUGAAGCAAAGUGGGAGGAUGCGUUGCGGAACAGACCCGGGUCGGGAUACGUGCCAGUGCUCGUCAAGGGAUUUUGGGAGUUGGGAAAACGGGCGCAGAGACAAAAGGAUUUCCUGACUAUGAUGCAGUCCCGCCUGCACGAGAUCAACAACUGCCUCUCUGAUUUGCUCUCUCGUCAUGAUUUGAAGAUCUCUGUCAAGAUUGCCGAUUGCCGACGGAAGCAUAUCGUACUGAGCAAGCGCUGCCUCGCGCUUGCGGCUAAGACACAGGUUCUGAGGAACAGAGGCUAUGCGAUGGACGACGCAGAGGAGGAAUUGAGGAAAAAGCUGGCGCAGCUGGAGCGAAGCGUGUUCGAUCCGUCUCUGAAUGGACGUGGCGAGGAGAUUUGGGCCCGGAUGUUGGCUAUUCGCGAGCAUUCGAAACGCCUGCAGUUGGAGAUGGAAAAGGCCGGCCCGAACGCCGCGGCGCAGGCAGACGACGGAUUAGACGAGAAUACCAUGAAGACAGCGAAGAAGAUUUUGGAUGACUACCACGCCCAGAUCCAGCACCUACAAAAGGAGCUGGCGUCAGUCAAGACAGAUUUCGACGAGGCGCAGAAGUUCCAGGGAUCGGUAGACCACUAGAUUCGAUAGGUCUUUGAGCCUUUCCUUUGCCUUGCUAUGCGAUAUGUUUUCCUAAUUCUUCUUUCUCUUCGUCACCUCCAUUUCGUCGGUGGUGGUUUUUUAGUUGGUAAUGUAUUACUUGAUGCCCAGGAGCAAAGGAGUUUUUCUUUUUGGAGCUGGUAUCCUGCAAUGCCGAGUUGGAGCCCGAUCUAUGUAUCUUUUAAAAUAAAAAGCGACGCUUCACCAUUUCCCUUUCUAUUCGUUAUAUCCGGAAACUAUAAAAAACAUGUACAAUAAUAAUACAUCAUGCCCUGACUCCCAGCGAGACAAAAGACAAAUUGCGAAGCUGCCAUAAAAAACCAGCAUUCCGUCCUAAAUCCUCCGAAAUUGGCAAACCAUCAUGACCAAAAUAUG